AGAGGAAGCAACAGAUGCUGAUAAAUGCCUGUUCAAACAGCUGGUUGCUUUGGCAGUGAUCAGAUUUCGUAAUCAUAUUCCAACAAGCUGGUUCAGAGUGAACUUCACUAUAACUGUAGCAAAUAUGUGGCUUGUUAUAUACUUAUUCUUUUUACUUUGCUGCUCACAGGUAGUUGCAAAAAGCGAUGCAGAGGCAUUUCUUGACCAAUUCAAUCGAGAGGCACGGGAUGAACGUGCUACCAAAAUGGAAGCGACCUGGAGAUACAAUACGAACAUCACUGAUGAGAACAGCAAAGCUACGGUCAAUGCCGACUUAAAGUUUAGCCAAUACCUUUCACAAGUAAGAACUAACGCCUCAAAACACAGUGUUGAAAAUGCAACAGAGGACAUGAAGCGGCAGUUCAGCUUUAUUCUUUCCAGCGCAACAUCGAGCAACCAAACGAUAGUAAAAAAGGUUGCCGACCUCAGAGCAAAGCUGAAAGGUAUGUACAGCAAGGGAUGCGUCAAGGCAAUGAGCAACCAAGUUCCGUCUCUGAACAAGACCUGGGCUGGCCAAAAAUGUCUUAGCUUAGACCCCGAUCUAUACAAAAUCCUUAGCAAAUCUCGCAAUUACACCGAACUUCAAUUCGCUUGGAAAGGAUGGAGAGAUGCGACAGGUCCAGCAAUGAAAUCCGUGUAUACAGAAUUUGUUGAUGUACUCAACUCUGGUGCAAGGGAGAACAAGUGGAAAGACUAUGGCGACUACGUGCGGUCGUGGUAUGAAGUUGGAGAUCAGCUAGGACCCAUCGCAGAGAAACUGUGGAUUGAUUUGAAGCCAUUCUAUGAAGAGCUUCAUGCAUAUGUCAGGUUCAAAUUAUCGCAAAAAUAUGCCGAAGUCAAAGAUGGACAGCCAAUUCCGGCGCACGUUCUUGGAAACAUGUGGGCACAAACUUGGACCAACAUUUAUGAUUUGGUCGCACCAUUCCCAGAGGAACCUAAUUUGGACAUCUCUACAAAACUGGAGCAGCUUUACAAAAACAACAUAACUGACAUGUUUGUGAAGGCCGAAGAAUUUUUCACCUCCAUUGGCUGGAUGAAGCUUCCCAAUGGAUUCUGGAAGAAAUCCAUGCUUGAAAAGCCAAAGGAUGGACGUUCAGUUGUCUGCCAUGCAUCAGCUUGGGAUUUCGCAGUUACGAACCCGGAUAAAGAUGUUAGAGUCAAGAUGUGCACCAGUCCAAACCAAAAUGAUUUUAUCACGAUUCAUCAUGAAUUAGGCCAUAUUUAUUACUAUCUUUGGUACUGGAAUCAACCAUAUGAAUACCGAACUGGCGCUAAUCCUGGUUUUCAUGAAGCAGUUGGAGACACUCUCGCUUUGUCCGUUGAAACUCCUCAACAUCUUUAUAAAGUUGGCCUACUGGAUUCACUACCCACAAACAACCGAAGUGAGCUGAAUUUCUUGCUUAAAUCAGCCCUGAGCAAAAUUGCUUUCAUUCCGUUUGGAUACUUGAUGGACCAGUGGAGAUGGGCCGUUUGGAACGGAACAGUCAAACCAAGUCAGUACAACAGCAACUGGUGGGAGCUCAGGACCAAAUACCAAGGAGUUGUCCCUCCAGUUAACCGUAACGAGAAUGACUUCGAUCCAGGUGCGAAGUAUCACAUUCCUGGCAACACACCUUACAUCAGAUAUUUCAUGAGCUACGUCUACCAGUUCCACUUCCACAAAGCAGCAUGCAAGGCUGCCAAACACACUGGAACCCUGAACAAGUGCUCCAUCUACAAGUCUAAAGAAGCUGGAAAGAUCUUCAGUGAUAUGCUAAGCAUGGGAAAGAGCAAAACGUGGCAAGAAGCAUUCCAAAAUAUGACCGGAUAUAGUGAACUCACAGCACAGCCAAUUAAAGAUUACUUCCAGGUAUUAUAUGAUUGGAUGAAGGAACAAAGAAGAAAAGAGAAGUAUUCUAUUGGCUGGUCAAUGGCUCCCUCCCCAACAAAGGCUCCAACACAGAAUCCAACACAGGCUCCAACAAAACAACCAAAUACACCAAAAAGUGCUGCAACGCCUCUUCAAGGAUUCGCAGUUAGCAUAGCACUCGCAACUAUCCUAUCAACAAUAUUUGUGCUUUUCUAGGUUAACAGAGCAUAUUGGGUUUAAGAACAGUAAAACCUUGAAUUUGCGGAAAGGUUGCAUAUUCCAUGGGGUUUUUUAAACAGUAUGAUUACUUAACAAUCACAUGACCAAUCCUAGUUUGAACUUCAAUAAUCAAUCUUUUACAUGUCUUGAUGUAUUUUGUAUUUUAAGUCACACUUGCUUGAACAUCAGAAAUGGUUAUUUUUUAUUAUUUGCUACUGGCCUGUAUUUGAUAAGCAAGUUUUCGCCAAUUCUGGAAGAUUUUCUAGCAAAAAAGUGGGCAGAAUAUUCCUGUGAAUGAAGAGUUUCAGAUUUGUCCAGAUUUCACAGAAACGGGCAGCUGGCAACCAAUAUUAACUUUCUAAAGAACAGGGAUGUAUGGUUUUGACAAUCGGCUGAAAAAGAGGAAAUAUUUAUGAUUACUCGAGGCGUUUCUCUUGCAGUUUUACCCCUUUUAGUUGCUAAAUGGUCUUCAAGAUUUAUGACUCUACUUGUAAAUUCCCCCUUACCUCCCGAGUAUGAUUUUGGCUCUUAUAUUUACGUCAAAUGGAAGAUAUGUUAGACUUUGAUUUAGACUUAAUUCUAAGUAUGCUAUAGAGGUUUUCUUGCACAUUUGAAUUAAUUUCUGCUGUUUAAAUGCUUAAUAGAUCUGAUGUAUUUUGAUUCCUGAUUACGUUACAUAGUUUUUUGACAUUGCUAUUGUAAUAUACGCUUUAUUCCAAA